AUGGAUCAGAACUUCAGGGAACAGUCGAAGAGCGAUGCAAUAUAUACCUGUGAGAAACAUUUUGCACCUGAAGAUAUCGAAAUAUGUAAGUAUAUGUUUGUAAACUUGUUUUCGUUAAAUUGUCGGAUUUGCUUUGAACUGGGUUUUCAUCGAUUUUUCGAUCAGUGUUGCUGCUGUUUGAAGUUCGUUCUCAAUGUGGAUAUGGUUUUAGUUUUGACCAACUUGAAGUUUGGCAAUUUUAUGCUUUCUUUGAUAGAUCACUCUGCGAAAAUGACUAAAAAGAAGCCCAAAUUUGGAGCUUUGCCGAAGUUGAAUAUGCCUACGAAAAGUUAUGAAAGAGGCAAGCCUUACACCACGUCCUGA